UAUCAGCACAGCGGCAGGUCACCGUUCAGGAAGGACCCUUGUACCGCACGGAGGGCUCCCACAUCACUAUCUGGUGCAAUGUGAGUGGCUACCAGGGACCUUCUGAGCAGAAUUUCCAGUGGUCCAUUUACCUGCCUUCGUCGCCAGAGCGAGAGGUGCAGAUCGUCAGCACCAUGGACUCUUCCUUCCCCUAUGCCAUCUACACCCAGCGCAUCUGCGAAGGGAAGAUCUUCAUAGAAAGAGUCCAGGGGAACCCAACCCUAUUGCACAUCACAGAUCUUCAGGCCCGGGAUGCCGGAGAAUAUGAAUGCCACACACCCAGCACCGAUAAGCAAUACUUUGGGAUUUACAGUGCAAAGAUGAACCUAGUGGUGAUCCCAGACUCCCUGCAGACCACUGCCAUGCCCCAGACUCUGCACAGAGUGGAGCAGGACCCACUGGAGCUCACUUGUGAGGUGGCCUCGGAGACCGUUCAGCACAGCCACCUGUCUGUGGCCUGGCUCUGGCAGAAAGUUGGCGAGAAGCCCGUGGAGGUCAUCUCCCUGAGCCGAGAUUUCAUGCUUCACUCCGGCAGCGAAUAUGCCCAGAGGCAGAGCCUGGGGGAGGUGCUGCUGGACAAGCUGGGGAGGACCACCUUCCGCCUCACCAUCUUCCACCUGCAGCCUUCUGACCAGGGCGAGUUCUACUGCGAGGCCGCCGAGUGGAUCCAGGAUCCGGAUGGGUCAUGGUAUGCUAUGACCCGAAAGCGUUCCGAGGGAGCCGUGGUCAACGUCCAGCCAACUGACAAAGAAUUCACUGUUCGGCUGGAAACAGAGAAGCGGCUGCACACGGUGGGUGAGCCGGUGGAGUUCAGAUGCAUCCUGGAGGCUCAGAAUGUUCCCGACCGUUACUUUGCUGUCUCCUGGGCCUUCAACAGCUCGCUCAUCGCCACCAUAGGCCCUAACGCUGUGCGUGUCCUCAACAGCGAAUUUGCUCACCGGGAAGCCAGGGGACAGCUUAACGUGGCCAAAGAGAGCGACAGUGUCUUUGUGCUGAAGAUCUACCACCUCCGCCAGGAAGAUAGAGGGAAAUACAACUGCCGGGUGACUGAGCGAGAGAAAACCGUGACGGGGGAAUUCAUUGAUAAGGAGAGCAAGGGUCCCAAGAACAUCCCCAUCAUAGUCCUCCCCCUCGAGAGCAGCAUCUCCGUGGAGGUGGCCAGCAAUGCCAGCGUCAUCCUUGAGGGCAAGGACCUGCGCUUCUCCUGCAGCGUCCGCAUGGCAGGCAGGCUGCAGGGUCGCUUCUCUGUCAUCUGGCAGCUUGUGGACAGGCAGAACCGCCGCAGCAAUAUCAUGUGGCUAGACCGGGAUGGCACCGUGCAGCCAGGCUCGUCCUACUGGGAGCGCAGCAGCUUUGGGAGCGUCCAGAUGGAGCAGGUGCAGCCCAACUCAUUCAGCCUGGGCAUCUUCAACAGCAGGAAGGAGGACAAGGGCCAGUAUGAAUGCCAUGUGACUGAAUGGGUGCGGGUGGUGGAUGGCGAGUGGCAGAUUGUUGGGGAGCGCCGGGCCAGCACUCCCAUCUCCAUCAUAGCUCUUGAAAUGGGCUUCGCAGUCACAGCCAUCUCCCGGACACCGGGGGUGACCUACAGCGACUCCUUUGACUUGCAGUGUAUCAUCAAACCCCACUACCCUGCCCAGGUCCCCGUGUCAGUGACAUGGCGGUUCCAGCCGGUGGGCACGGUGGAGUUCCAUGACUUGGUGACCUUCACCCGGGAUGGAGGGGUCCAGUGGGGGAACAGGUCCUCCAGCUUCCGAACCCGAACUGCCACCGAGAAGGCUGAGUCCGGCAACAACGUCCGCCUAAGCAUCAGCCGAGCCAGUGACACGCAAGCAGGCAAGUACCAGUGUGUGGCAGAGCUGUGGCGGAAGAACUACAACAACACCUGGACACAACUGGCAGAGAGGACCUCCAGCCUGCUGGUGAUCAGGCUGCUGCAGCCAGUGACAAAGCUACAGGUGAGCAAAUCGAAGAGGACCCUCAUCCUGGUGGAAAACAAGCCCAUUCAGCUGAACUGCUCAGUCAAGUCUCAGACCAGCCAGAACUCCCACUUUGCGGUGCUCUGGUACGUCCACAAGCCCUCAGAUGCCAACGGCAAGCUUAUCCUGAAGACCGCCCACAACUCCGCCUUCGAAUAUGGUACUUACGCGGAGGAGGAGGGCCUGAGAGCCAGGCUCCAGUUUGAGAGGCCUGUGUCGGGGGGCCUGUUCAGCCUCACCGUCCAGAGAGCCGAGGUCAGUGACAGCGGCAGCUACUACUGCCACGUGGAGGAGUGGCUGCUGAGCCCCAACUAUGCCUGGUACAAGCUGGCAGAGGAGGUUUCUGGGCGCACAGAAGUCACUGUGAAACAGCCAGCGGGUGCAGCCCAGAACUGUCUUCUGAGGAAGAGGUGCUCUCCUGGGCCCCCACUGUCCCCAGGCCUCAGCAAGGCAAGUGAGGUGCUGCCGUCAUCCAGGCUGGACAGUUCAGUGAUUUGCCUGAGGCCCCACAGCAGGAGAACGAGAAGGCUGCCUGAUCAGAGAGUCUCUGAAGAAGAUCCUGUGGCUACAGGCUUCAGCAGAGUGUGAGGGAGACCCCAGUUAUUUCCUCAGGUGUUUCCACCAAAUCCUCCUGUCUUUCAUGGCCAACACCCCAGGCAAGGCUUGGGGUCCCCGUCUGCUGCUGGACGCCUCCAAGGAACCUGACAACCAUGUGUAUACCAGGGCUGCCGUGGCUGCGGAUGCCAAGCAGUGCUCGGAGAUUGGGA